AUGAUUCUGAUUCGGUCUAUUUACCGUGUUAUCGAAUACGCCCAAGGAAACAGUGGCUACGUCAUCAGCCAUGAGGUUUUCAUUUAUGUUUUUGAUGCUACAAUGAUGUUCUUGGUUAUGAUUGUGAUGAAUGACUUCCACCCGUCUGUUGUUCUAAAAGGAAACCCGCCCGUUCACUCCAAGGAGCAAAGGGGCGAGCACAAUGAAACUGAACUGGAGGAGGCGCGCGUCUAG